AUGUCCAAGGACAACUUCUUGAACGCUUCGGUCCCGGUCCUUCUCGAACAGCUCGAGCUCGACGAGAAGAUCAAGCUUCUUACGGCCCCUAACUGGUGGAACACCAAUGAGAUUGAGCGCCUCGGCAUCCCGCCCAUUCGCAUGAGCGAUGGUCCGAACGGGGUCCGCGGUUCGUCGUACUUCCACCCGACACUCGCGCAGUGCAUUCCCUGCGCGACAUCCCUAGGAGCGACCUUUGACACGGAGCUCGCACGUGAAGUCGGACAGUUCUUGGCGGACGAGUCAAAGUCCAAGUCAUCCUGCAUCUUGUUGGCGCCCACGGUAAACAUACAAAGAACACCUUUGGGCGGAAGAGCCUACGAGUCUUUCUCGGAGGACCCGCAUCUGUCUGGCUCGUUCGCGGCAGCCAUCGUCGAUGGUGUGCAGUCAAAAGGUGUCGCUGCUUGCAUCAAACACUUUGUUGGUAAUGACCAGGAAUCGGAGCGCUACGCUGCGGACUCGGUCAUGUCGGAGCGGGCACUCCGAGAAAUUUACCUGAUGCCAUUCAUGUUGGCACAGCGCGAUGCCCAGCCCUGGGCCUACAUGACCUCGUACGGUCGCAUUGAGGGCGUGCACUGCUCUGAAAGCCCGAAGCUUUUGCGGGACAUUCUCCGCAAGGAGUGGGGCUUCGACGGGAUCGUCAUGAGUGACUGGUAUGGUACAUACGGUGUCGACGAGUCCAUGAACGCCGGCAUGGACCUCGAGAUGCCCGGCCCGCCGCGGUGGCGCACGCCGCUGCUUGUGUCGCACUGUAUCUCGGCGCAAAAGGUGUCGAUAAAGACGAUCGACGCGCUCGCGGGGCGCAUGCUCGCGUUCGUGCAGAAGCUCGCGAGGAAGAACCCCGAGGUCGUGUGGGGCGACGGCGUUGAGCGCCUGCGCGACACGCCCGAGGGCCGCGGGUUUUGCAGGCGCAUCGCGGCGGAGGGGAUUACGCUGCUCAAGAAUGAGGGCGGUGUCUUGCCUCUGCAGAAGGGAAAAGUGAAGACGGUGGCGGUUGUGGGGUCACAUGCGAAGGGGAAGAUUAUUUCCGGGGGAGGAUCGGCGGCGCUGGAGGCGAGCUAUGUCGUUACCCCUUGGGAGGGGCUGGUAGCGAAUGUGCCUGAGGGCGUCGAGCUCAAGUAUGCUUUGGGCUGCGAAGCUCACAAACACCUGCCGAUGCUCGACAAGUACAUGACCACCAAGGACGGCAAGCCCGGAUGGACGUGCACGAUCUUCAACCGCGACGAGAACGAGCAGCCCGGCGAAGUCCUCCUCACUUCGGUCGUCAAAAACACUCUGAUCAAGUUCAGUGACUUCCUGCCAAGCGGCUUGACGCACACUUGGGGCAUUACCCUCAAGGGCGACUUGACCACGGACUAUACUGGUCGCUACGAACUUGGCCUUGCUGUUGCCGGUCGAGCCAAGCUCUACGCCAACGGCAAGAUGAUUGUUGACAACUGGACGCAGCAGCGCAAUGGGGACUUCCUCUACAGUGUCGGAACCGCCGAGGAACGCGCCGUCAUUGACGUGGAGGCUGGCAAGCCCGUCGAGGUUAUGAUAGAAUAUAUCAACACGCGCUCAGAGAACGCGCCGAAGGGCCUCACUGAGCGGCGGACUGCGCAGCUCGGCAUUAUGCUUGGUGUCCGCUUCGGUGGCUGUCCCAAAGUCGAGGCAGACGAGGCCAUGGAGGAAGCUGUUAAGCUUGCCUCCGAAUGCGACGCUGUGGUUGUCGUUGGAGGCCUUACUCCCGAAUGGGAGUGCGAAGGCUUCGACAGACCGACGAUGCAUCUUCCGGGACGUCAAGACGAGCUCAUUUCCAAGGUUGCGAAGGCCAACCCGAACACCAUUGUCUGCCUUCAAUCGGGAUCCGCAGUUUCUCUGCCGUGGCUCGAGAGCGUAAAGGGUCUCGUACAGUGCUGGUACUCUGGAAACGAGGCGGGCAAUGCGAUCGCGGACGUGCUCUACGGCACGGUCAACCCAUCGGGUCGCAUGCCACUCACGUUCCCCGUGCGGAUUGAGGACUCGCCGGCGUAUCCGAACCUGGCGUCGGAGAACGGCAAGAUCCACUACCGCGAGGACCUGUUCGUAGGGUACAAGCACUUCCAAAACAAGGGCAUCAGGCCGCAUUUUGCCUUCGGAUACGGGUUGUCGUACACAACCUUCUCGGUGACCGACCUCACGGUCAAGACCGCCAGCACGUCCGACGCGUCCUUCGCGCUCGAGGUCGGCGUCAAGGUGACGAACACGGGCGCCGUCACGGGCUCCGAGACCGUGCAGGCGUACGUGCAGCUGCCGGACGACAUCGGAGUGACGACGCCGCGCCUGCAGCUGCGCGGCUUCGCCAAGGCGCGCGACCUCGCGCCCGGCGAGUCGAGGACGGUGACGAUCCGGAUGGGCAAGUACGCGGUGUCGUUCUGGGACACGCCCAUCAACGCGUGGAGUGCGAGGAAGGGGACGUACGUGGUGCACGUGGGCACGAGCAGCGACGAUCUACCGUUGCAGAGCACGUUUGAGGUUGCUCAGACAUUUGAGUGGAGUGGCAUUUAAUUUCGGAGCUUGCAGUCUGAGAUCGGAGACUAACUUGAC